CUCUUCAACAUCUUAUAUCACUCGGGAUCUCACAAUCGCUACCUGUCGAAUCUCAACUGACAUCACAGUCGUUUUGCAAACACCAAUCGCUUAGUGAUUCAAGUCAAAGAAUAAUAAUAAUAAUAAUAACACCAGGACUUUCGCUUUACCAUCGUGGUCAAUAUACAGAUCAAAAUGAAGCUAACUCAGAUCCUCGCGCCUGCCGUUGGGCUGUUUGCUGUUGCGAAUGCUUGGGGUGAGACCGCAGUUUGGACAACGGUCGUGGAAACCGACUACACCACUUACUGCCCGUCUCCUACUACUUUCGCCUGGCAUAAUGUGACAUAUACUGCUACUACGGAGACCACUCUUACCAUCACCAACUGCCCUUGCACCGUUACUUACUCUCAACCUCCUCCGGUCACCAUAACGUCGUACCCUCCGUCAACUUUUAUUCCUACGGGGACUGCUCCUGUCCCCUCUUACCCCUAUUCCAACGUGAGCUCUACUGUUAUCACUUACACUCCGACGCCGUCAACUUACAUCUCCGGAACUGUCCCCAUCACCACCACCCCCGGAGCCCCCGGAGCCCCCGGGGUCCCGACUAACGUUCCCAUCCCGCCCACGACUACUUUCUCCAUUCCGCCCACAUCCUCCGGUCCUGUGGUAAUCCCCACUGCGGCUGCCGGCAAGGUUGGACCCGUCGGUGCUCUUCUUGCUGUUGGUAUCGCUGCACUUGCUCUGUAAACUACACAAUACGAAGCUUCGUACUAUUGCGUUUUGCAGAUACCCAUUUUUGCUUUUUUAUAAUACCUAGGCGGCGAAUGAUUCCCCUCACCUUUUGGAUGAAGCUAUGAUUUGAUAUGGUUGGCAUCUGGAAGCGGAAAUGGUUAGCGGCCU